AUGGCCGCCCCAUCGUUCCGUCAGAUUGUUGGCGUCCCUCCCUCGACAGCAUCGACGAAGGACAGCACCCUCGUCAUCAUUGACGCCCAGAACGAAUACGCCGAGGGCAAACUCGCGGUAGCGAACGUGCAGACCUCACGGAAAGUCAUCGAAUCGCUUCUCCAGAAAUACCGAGCCGCGAAUGGAAACGUAGUCCAUGUCGUCCACGAUACGCCUGCCGGAGCACCAGUGUUCACGCCCGGAACGAGGCUGGCCGAGGAGUUUGAUGAGUUGAAGCCUGCAGACGGCGAAAAAGUCAUUCACAAGCUGUAUCCCAGCUCCUUUGCGGACACGGACCUGCAGCAACAUCUUGAAUCGAUUGGUAGCAAGAAGUUGGUGCUCGCCGGCUACAUGGCUCACGUCUGUGUUUCAACGACUGCUCGUGACGGUGCGCGUCUGGGUUAUGACAUUUUGGUUGCGGAGGAUGCAGUCGGCGACAGGAACAUCCCUGGAGUGGACGCAGAGCAGCUUGUCAAGGUUGCGCUUGCCGAAAUUGGAGAUGGCUUUGGAACUAUUGUUCGAGCCGGUGAUAUUAACUAG